CUCUCCCCCUUCCUUCCUUCCUUGUUCCCUCUCUCUCUCCUUCCUUCCUUGUUCCCUCCCCACAAGCGUUAAAAGAUUGUUCAGCUCUUUAUUCUUCUACCAGCUGGGUGUUCAUUAAUCUUAUAUAUAUAUAUAUAUAUAUAUAUCAAGUUUCUCAGAGCACAAGGACAGGCCGGAGCUUGUUCAUUAGUAAUUCUUUCCAGGAGCCAUGGAAUAUAUCAGUUUGUUGGACACUUCACUGGAUCUUAAUGCCAAUCCCAUGAGAUUUCUGGAUGAAGCUCCGAUCAAUAAAGGGGCAGAAAACAAUUUCUUUGAGUUGGAGAAGAAGACUUCGGUGAAAGAAGAGACAAGUGCUAUAGUGGAGGAACUAAGCCGGGUGAGUGCAGAAAACAAGAAGCUGACAGAAAUGUUGACGGUCUUGUGCGAGAACUACAACAAUCUGCGAAGCCAUUUGAUGAAUUACACGAGCAAGAACCCUGACAGGGAGCAUGCCAUGUCGAGGAAGAGGAAGGCCGAAGGCGGUGCCGCCACAAACAAGAACAGUGUUUCCAACAAUGGAGGAAACUCAGAGAGCAGCUCAAGUGAUGAGGAUUCAUGCAAGAAGCCUAGGGAGGAACAUGUCAAGGCCAAGAUCUCAAGGGUCUGUGUAAGAACUGAAGCAUCCGAUACAAGCCUUGUAGUGAAAGAUGGAUAUCAGUGGAGGAAAUAUGGGCAAAAGGUCACUAGAGACAACCCUUGUCCAAGAGCUUACUUCAAAUGUUCUUUUGCCCCUGCUUGCCCAGUCAAGAAGAAGGUGCAAAGAAGCGUAGAGGACCAAUCAAUAGUGGUGGCGACAUACGAAGGGGAGCACAACCACCCACACCCCUCGAGGCACGAGUCGUCGACCUCGAGCGCCGGCCGGUGUGUGGCGGCGCUGGGGUCGGUGCCUUGCUCGGCCUCAUCGGCACCAACCAUCACUCUUGAUCUUACAAAGCCUAUGCCCAACGGUGCCAAAGAUUCAAGGAGGACGGGGGCGUUGGGGGCGCCAGAUGUUCAAGAGUUUUUGGUUGAGCAGAUGGCUUCUUCCUUGACCAAGGAUCCCAGCUUCAAAGCCGCCUUGGCGGCUGCCAUUUCCAGAAGAAUUAUCCAAGAUGAUCGCCAUCAGACAGAAAAAUGGUGAAAAUUAGGAACCAGCUGGGAACUUUGUGCUUUCGCGUGGAUUUUGAUCAUUUGGGUGACUAGUUUGGAAGAUUUCGGUGACCCAGAGAAAGAAAAGAAGAAUUGUCAACACCCAAAUACGAGCACAGCUUCAUUCAUUCAAGUAGUGUGGCUGUGAAGGGGACUGAUCUGAUCUGAUCAUCAACGGGAAUUCAUAGACGAAGCACCUGUUGGUUAAAUUAGAACUAGAUAGAUGGAUAGGACCAAAAUAGGUGCGUUUCUGCGGGUUGGUGUUGUUGGAUGAGACAGCAUCAUCCAUGGACAUGAACUCCUCCUCAAUUAGUGUAUAGAAGAUUAUGUAUCUGUCAGCCUAAGUGUAAACACACACAUGCAACAAUAUAUAUAAAUAUGUUAUGUUUCUAAUUAUGUAGUUUAA